GCUCAAUGUUUUUCACCACAGACACGGCGCUAUGCCGCGCUGCGCCACAUUGGGGAAGUAUUGAGCCGAGUUGCUGAAGGGGUUCCCCGUUUCUAUCCCCCCCAUCCCUUCCCUCUGCUUUUUCUUCUCCGCCUGUCUGCUCUCUCCUGCUCCACAACACAGUACAGUACACACUAGUCCUCUCGUAGUGGCAGCAGCCGACACAAGUGUGUUCAGCCUCUCCUCGCAGCUCCAGUUUCUGCUCUGUGCAAACUAGCCAUUUAUCAUCAAUCAUGGCCGCCGGAGUACAAAUCUAACUCCCCGUCUUUCCUCCCUGUCGUCCGGAGGGGAGGAUUUCGGCUUGAGGAGACAAAAUAUCACUCCCACACUGAUUUGGAUUUCCUCUUGGAAUUACAAUACAUCUCGCAAGGGAAAUACCAUUCAUGUCAAUACUCCAAAAUGCAGCCGCCGCCGAGGAAGGUCAAAGUGACACAGGAGCUGAAAAACACACACACAGAGCAGAUGACAAGACUGCACUUUAAACACCAGACUGAAUGUGACCUGCUGGAGGACAUGAGGAGCUACAGCCUGAAGAAGGGACAGCUGGAGAGGGACUAUGCACAGGCUCUGCAGAAGUUAGCGAGCCAGUACCUAAAGAGAGACUGGCCUGGAAUCAACCCUGACGACCAGAGGACAGACUACAGGAAUGUGUAUGCUGUGUGGAGGUCCUACUUAGAAGGUACAGUGCAGGUGAGCCAGUCCAGGCUCAACGUGUGUGACAACUACAAAAGUCAAGUAUCAGAGCCCGCUAAGACUGUUAGACUCUACAAGGAGCAGCAACUCAAAAAGACCAUAGAUCAGCUGAGUGGCAUUCAAGCAGAGCUGCAGGAGUCGGUAAAAGAGUUGGCCAAAGCCAAGAAAAAAUACUACGACUGUGAGCAGGUUGCCCACGCAGUACGAGAGAAGGCUGACAUCGAGGCCAAGUCUAAACUGGGUCUUUUUCAGUCAAGAAUUAGUUUACAGAAAGCAAGUGUAAAGUUGAAAGCUAAGAGAAGUGACUGUAACUCCAAGGCGACACAAGCCAGGAACGACUACUUGCUAACGCUAGCUGCUGCCAACGCUCACCAUGACCGCUACUAUCACACAGAUCUACUGCACUGCAUACAGGCCUUGGACGGCAGGAUCUACGAGCAUGUGAAAGACUACCUGGUAGAGCUGAGUCGUACCGAGCUAGAGGCCUCGCAAGCCACACACAACACCUUCCAGUUCCUGCUGGACAAAUCCUCCAGGAUAAUACAAGAGUACAACCAGCAGUUGUUCAUGCAGGAGAAUCCAGUGUUUCACAAAGCACACGACUUCCAGUUCCAGCCCAGCGAAUGUGACACGACUCUGAGCUCGGUGCAGCAGUUGGUGGACAUUGAGCCGUCGCCAGUCAGUGCCAUGAGAAUGACCCUGGCACAGAGUCGUCAGCUGGAGUCGGAGACGGGAACGACGGAGGAGCACAGUCUGAACAAGGAGGCCAGGAAGUGGGCAACCAGAGUGGCCAGAGAACACAAGAACAUCAUACAUUACAAGAGAUGUCUGGAGGAGUGUGAGAGUCACGGCCUGCCCCCUACAGAGCAGGGGAGACUAGAUCUGGAGAUGAAGAUAGAAGACACCAAAGAAAACAUUCGCAAAGCUGAGACAAUAAAAUUAAAAGCCGAGGCUCGGUUGGACCUUCUGCGGCAAGUAGGGGUUGCUGUGGAUACCUGGCUGAAGAGCGCUAUGAACCAGGUGAUGGAGGAGCUGGAGAAUGAACGUUGGGCCAGCUACACUUCCCACGAUCCCUCACUGUCGGGCACAGUGGACUUGGAGCGUGAGGAGGGAGAAGAGUGUGAAGAGAAUAUGGAGGUUUUUGACGACAGCAGUUCCAGUCCUUCGGGAACCCUCCGAAACUACCCGCUAACCUGCAAAGUCCUGUACUCAUACAAGGCCUCUCAGCCGGAUGAGUUAACUAUUGAUGAACAGGAGAUGCUGGAGGUCAUUGAGGACGGAGACAUGGAGGACUGGGUCAAGGCUCGCAAUAAGACAGGUCAUGUCGGCUACGUCCCAGAGAAAUACCUGCAGUUCCCGACUUCCAACAGUCUGUUGAGCAUGCUCCAGUCUCUGGCUACGCUUGACGCUCGAUCACACACCUCGUCCAAUUCCACCGAGCCAGAGCUGCACUCCGGCUGCAUCAAUGGAGACACAAACAUGAUGUACGUCCGUGCACUUUAUGAUUACGAGGGCCAGGCGGAUGAGGAACUCUCAUUUUCCGAGGGAGCUGUGAUCCGCCUGUUGAGCCGCGACACUCAGACAGACGACGGCUUCUGGGAGGGGGAGCUCAACGGACGGGUGGGCGUCUUCCCCUCCGUGCUGGUAGAAGAUCUCACUGAGAAUGGAGAGACCAGCGGAGGAGGGCCGGGUGACAUACAGAUUUCUCCAUCUCUGAAGUUGCCAUGUUCUUUGCCACCUCUCCCGCUAUAUGACCAACCUCCCAUCAGCCCCUUCACCAGCCCCGAGACCUCCACCCCGCCUCCUCUCCCACGAUCACCCUCCACGGCACUCAACGGGGAGCACAAGCCUCCACCACCCGCCUCGUCACACAAGGGACCGCUAACCUCCCACAAUCAAAGCUCUGGCAAGAGUCCAGUGUCUCCAGGAUUUUCUCAGCCACUGCGCUUUACCCCUGAAGGAGGUCCAAGCAAACUACGACCUGUGCGAGCUGCUCCUCCUCCCCCCAAACAGCACCCCCGCCGACCGCAGGAGAAGAGCGACAAGACGGAGGAGGUGGAGAUCACACUGGUGUGACAGGCAGAGAAGCUGGCAGGCAGUUAUAGAGACAGAAAAAAUAAAACCAGAUGACAGACAGACACAUCCUACAGGCUGGGGAACUGAACUGCUCUGAACUGAAGUCAGCUUAAACAAAGUGAUGUGAAGUAAACCGAACUGAACCAUGUCCGACCCCCCCCCCCCGGCCUCUCCGCAUCUUCUCUCAUCCUCAAGUUGAGGAGGGGAGCGAAGAGAGGGAAUGAAGGCAAAGUAUCCAAUUAAAUAAUCUCUGUAUUAGCUUUCUAAUGAAGUGCAGCAGUAGCCACCCCCACGUCCCCCUCCGCCCUCCCACACCUGUCCUUCCGUUCUUGCCUUAAAACUUUACCUCAUCGGGCAGCAAACCAGAGCACACUGAAGAGGAGGAAGAGGAGGAAGAAUGUUUAGAGAGGGGGAGUGCGAGGGAAAGUUAAUGAUGGGUUUGGCAGGUUUUCUUUUUUUUUUUUUCCUUGUUUCGCUUACUUCAUGAUACUGUAAAGCAGUUUAUCUAUCGGCACAGGAAGUCACUUUUUUCACUCACUUCCGAACAAAUAAUGGAACAUUAAAAAAGUUAUGGAGCCCUGAGACUGACAAGAUUUAGUAAAGGAUUAUAGGACAAGUCAAAAAUAUAACUUACUGCAUACAAAUAUUGCUCGGCAAAAAAAAUAAAAUGGAUUGUUAAAGAAAAGUACGACAUUGUACUUAAUAUUGAAUCGUUUGUUGUCUUCCCCAAGCAACAUUUGCUUUUCUUAAGCUCUUCUUAGGCAAAAGACAUUUAAGAAAGACAGUUGCUUGGAGCAAAGGAGACUUUGUGGCCAGCUGCUUAUCUGAAGCUAACUGUCUAUAAAACUACACCAGCCAGUGCUUAUUAAUGAUCCACAUACUGUACCGCAUACUGCUGUAGCAUCAUUGUAUGCGUAGCUAGCUAGAGCUUGGAACUUUUUUUGUCAUUUAUUUUGAGAAAAGACACAUAAGAUCACAUACAUCUGCAAACUGUCGAAGAUGACACAAUAUAUUCUAAGACUUACAUCCAUCAUGGUCCUUGAUACAGAGAGAGCACUUAUAGAUGAAAAUAUUAUGAACGUAGAAGCGUGUCUCUGAAGUCUGUGAAAUUCUAAUUAGCAUAGUAACAUAGCAAAUAGCUUGCUGGCGAAAAUCAGACCCCUGGGAACAGCGCCAGGCUUUGAAGCCAUUUUUUGUAGUGGCUAAACAGUGGAAUUACAGUACCUGAGUCCAUCAGGUGGUGCCAGUGGGCCCAAAUAUACUUGGUCUCAUAGACUUACAUUGUUAGAAAGACGUCUGUAAAUCAGUAGCUCAUUUGUUUAAGCGUCACCACCCCCACAAACUUUCACUGUAAGAAUUUGAUCCGUUCGUUCCAAUAAUAUUUUGAAAGUCUGUGCAAGAUACAUUGUCUGGAUGGACUGGGACACAUUGUCAGUGAUGUGACCUGGGGUCAUCGGGUGUUUUGGGUUUGUCAAAAUCAGACACCCUCACCCAGGCGACAUAGUUGGGGUUGAUCAGGCCCUGACCUGACUCCCAGCAGCAUGUGCCCACAGUUCAGCUCUCUUAAUUCAAAGCCACAGUGACUUCCUCUGUGACUUUGCUUGUGGAUUGGAUGCCCCUCUUCUUUACCACCCAAUUGGUUGAAGACUUUGCAGAGAGAACGUCUUGCAAAGCCUUUACCUUCCACCUCUAUGGGUUCAUAGUGUGUCUUCCAGCUUCCUCUCCAUUUGUCAGAGUUCCAGUUCCAGCAUAAUCAGCGCAGAAGAGCUGCACAAUAAUAUGAUUUUAUCCCCAUUCAAGUCAGCGGAAGGCUAUACAGGAAGUUAGCCAUUCAGCUCGUGAAAGUCUGUAGCAUGCUUGCUCCAUGGGCCCAACAAUAGAGAAGAUGUGGGUAAUUUAUACAUGAGAAGUCGAACUUUUUGGCUUCAUACACCACUGAGCAACUUUCCAAAGCUGUAUCCAUUUCUCUUUAUACAGCCGUGGCGUAAAUGCUUUAGUUAUUGUUACAAGAGUUUAGACUCUAACGCUAGAGCAGUAUGCCGUACAGUAUGUUGCUGAUUAACAUUUGGUGCAGUAGCUGGUGCAGCAGCUGGUGCAGCUCUAUGAUAAAAGUCAGCUUCAGCUUGGUAGUUCGCAAAAAAGGCUGGCUAACGUUAGGGGGAAAGAAAAAUAGGGAAGAAAUAAAUGAGUAAAUCUGUGCCAAAACCAAAAAACAGACAAAUAAAUAAGUUUAAAGAUGAACUGGUGAAAGAUAUACCAUAAAUAAAAGUAAGGUAAAUUAUGUUUUUUACUUGUCUGAUACCCUUUACCAUAGUUUUGAGUGUCUGGGCUACAUGAAGUGUCAGAAAGUACAAAACUUGCCAAACGUGUCAUGAUUAUGAUUGACAGUUGGGUGCAGUUGGGGUCAAAGUAAAUGGACAGAGAAACUUGGUGGUGUGUGGACGCACUGUUCCCCCUCACCAGCCCUUCCCUUACCAUAUAUAGUCCUUAUCAUCAUACGUAUUCGAUGUGUAUUAGUACAGUACAUUACUGUUGUCAUAGGAAUGUUAUGCACAGCGUUUCAUAUAGACUAACUCAGCUGAUUGAAAUACCAUGUCUGAUAUGUAGUGGAAGUUUUAUCCUCAUCUUAUUCUGAAAGGGCAUUGUAAAUACAGUAUGAAGGAGAGCUGAAAGAAGAGGAGGGAAGGAUGAAUAACAAGAGAGAAGAAGGAGGCUGGAUCCUCCUCUCUGCUCUUUUCUCCACCUCUCUUCCCACCCUCCCUUUCCUCUCUCCCUCCCUCCCUCUUUUCUCUAAUGUCUGUUCUGUCCAUUGGCAGUCAGUGUGAAUCGAUGGUUGUCAUAUACACACAUACAGUUGCAUUAUAUUACGCACACGUCGCUAUAUCUUCUCUCAUUCUGUGACCCUCUGUGUGCUUGUGUCGCUGAUUGGUUCAGGGGGAGGCCGGUGGUGCCUUCAGGAGGCGCUGACAUUGUUGGUAUUCACUAUGUGGUGAUAAAGAGAAGUUUUAUUUGAGAUGAUAUAGACACUGAUUGCAUUCGGGGUCAGGAGGUUUUAUUAACCACAGAAUGGACUGUAUAGCUUUUAUCCCUACAGAUCAUAUCUCCUCUCACAUGAUUGUGUUCAUUUAUAACACCGAUCAGUUCACCUAUCACAUAUAUCCUUGUUUAUUUGACACACAUUACACUCACAAGUGUUAUUUUCUCUUUUGUAUGCCAAGCAACUCCAUCACUUCCAUAAAAAAAUAACCUGUAUCAUUUCCAAUUUGAUAUCACCCCCAGGUUUUCCUGUGAUCACAGAAGAAACAGACAACAAAAGAGAUGUAUAAAGCAAAUGCAUCAUGCUUAAUGGACAGAACUAGCAAAUGACAUUCAAACAGAGCUAAGUACAAUUCUGUUGUGUUCUUUUUUACUCAAAGUAAAUAAAUCCCCCCUCAAGCCUUUAAAACUCCUCGCCUAAAGGGCAGCGUAGCACUUUUAUUUAUUUGUACCUUCCCUGAAAAGUAGCAGUACCUUAACAUAGCGUCAGAAUGGACGGAAUAGACUCUGAUAAAUCACUGUAGUUUAUUCUUUUCAUUCUGAUUCUGUGGCGAAUCCUUUUUGUUUCAGUGUGACUGAUGUUUAUUUUUUAUCCCCCACUCUUCCAAAGAGAUGGAGAGAUAAUUGUGGACAAUGUAAAUUGAUGUUUUGCUAAACUUAUGAAACAAAAAACAUGAUUAUAAUAAGAGACGUUUGGAAUGAAGACGUAGAGAGACAAUGUGGUUUUAUAGUCUUGAGACGAGCCCGUGUGUGAUUGUUUAAAAGAUGAGAGGAUCAGAUGUGAAGAUGUGUCCCAGUUUCCUCCUCCAUAUUUAUUCCAAACAGGGUUUGAUUUUGUAGAGCGCUAAAGUACACUCAAAGAUGCAGAUGUUGGAGUGUGGUGUUGACGCACAGCACUGCUCCAAACAGACACAAAAAAGAAAAGAGGGAGCUCCUGCACCCUGUUUUAAAACAGCUCCAGACAUAUUACAGAAAACAACAAUAAGCUUAUCUAUCUAUGUUGCUUUCUCCUUUCUCCUAAGCUCCAAAGUUGCAGUAUCAUAGCACAUUUCCUGUUGAUACGCAACUCUAAAGUAUCUUAAUUUCUUGUAUAAAGUGCACACUGUUUAGUAAUAAUAUGCAGCCUGGAGUUGGGGCACAGCUUUAGACGUUUUGUAAGAUGGGAAACAAACUAAUCUGGGCUCAAACUAAUCGAUUCCCUCUUUGCAAGGUGCAGGUGAAUUAUGUCAGACUGAGAAAAGUGAUGCAAGAAAUGAGGACAGUGCUAAAAAAUCUAUAUUUUUGCAUCAGCUUUUAGAAACAUUUUGUGUAGCAUCCACAUCCCGGAAUGAGUUGCACUUUCAGAUCCAAUCCUCUGCUCCCCUGCUGCUGUAGGAAUUGGCACCGACUUGUGACAGCGUGGUCAAGGCGACUUGAGCAGCAGCCUCUCCUUCAUCUCUCUGAGCUUUCAGACUUGUUUGAAGUUUAUGGUUUACAGCAGAACUUCCCACCAUAGAUGCUCAAUCAGUCUUUUUAUCACAUAUAAAAUUAAUGACUUUUUGUUGCCAGUUGCCACUUUGAUCAGGAUUAUUUCCCCCUCUCUCACAGUCCCUCCGGUCCGCCACAGUGUUGAAUUAUUUGGUAUGAGCCUGUUUUUGGGGGGGGUUUAUGUAUUAUAUAAUUCUUUUAUUUUUCAUCCUUCGAUUUGGAGCGGCUUCACAGCUGCCGCUAUUAACUAUGUGGUGGAACAACUGGUCUUCUCUGUCUUCAUGGACUGUUGCCAUGGUGACAAUAAUGAGAACAGGUGCAAAAGUAUUUCUGCAUAUUAUUAUUGGCUGUACAAAAAAACAAAACAAAGUUUGUAUUUAUUGUGUACAAAUGUUAAUAAAAAAAAUAUUGAAAAGUU